GGCUCCAGGAAAUAAACUGUGUCGCUGUGGUUUCUGGGUGUUUCAUCUGUCCAUCAUGUGUAUAAAGCGGCUCGUGACCGUGUACCGUGUGUUCGAUACCUCAGUCUCUCCGUGAUGACUGAGGCCGUCCUCGUGGAUAUGAUCCACGGCUGCGGUCCGCGCUGCACCGCCGCGUCUCUACCGGAGGAUGAACCCGCAUCUCCGCCUCACGUCUUCCUGCUGUGCGGUACCGGGGACGCGUGUCUGAGCGCGUGCAGCAGCAGCGUGCACGUGCUGGACUCGGGCUCCACCGCGGAGCGUCUGUACCGGUUCAAACAGACCGUGGACCAGCUGGACCUGAGCUCGGUCCGGGUCUACACGACCCCGCGAGGCCGUGACGUGCUGCUCCUCUACCAGCAGCAGCUGUUUACGGAAGUGUACACCUUCCACUACCACGUGGACCACCGGCUCACAUGUCCGGGCUGCACAGGCUCCGCCCACUCUGCGGGGGACCCACCUGGUGGUGAUGACGCGGUCCAGGUAGAACAACAGGUGUCCCGGUUUCUGCAGCAGCUGCCCGCGCUGAAGGGCGGAGUCAGGGUUCUGACGUCAUCGCUGAUUCCAGGUCGGUUAAAAAAAUUAAAAAAACAUUUUACCUGA